UACCAUUCUGCCAAACCUGUAAAUGUUUUCUUUUUAAAUCAAUUUUCGAAAAAUAAAUUUAAAAAUGGUUAUCGAUAAAGAUUAUUAUAACACAAUAUUAUGCCAAGCAUUUUCACCAUGUGGUAAAUUUUUGUUUGCGGGGGAUAUUCAAGGAAAUAUAUCAGUUUUCAAUUUGGAUAAAAUAAUAGAUCCGCCAGAUGAACAAGAUAUACAAUAUCGUAAAGCAAAAUGGAAAUUCGAUAGUAAAACAUACCAAGUUUGUAGUUUGUUAUCCACCGACUCGUUUUUAAUAAAUGGUGGUAUUGGUGAAAUCAAUGGAUGGGAUUGGAAAGCUGUUACCGGUGAAUCGAAAACACCGAAAGUAGCGUGGAAUAUUCAAAUACCAACGAAUCGUGAUGUUCUUGAAAAAACUGAUGUGAAUGUCUUAAAACUUGAUCCAACCAAGAAUCAUUUAUACGCUGGAUGUGGAGAUAAUAAUAUUUACGUUUUCAGUUUGGAGGAUGGUAAACUUGUGCGAACUUUAACUGGGCAUACAGACUUUAUUCAUUGGCUACAUAUAUUGGGUAAUCAAAUGGUCUCGGCAAGUGAAGAUGGUAAUGUGAAACUUUGGGAUUUAAGAGAGAAAAACGCUCACAGUCAAAUUGUACCUCAUAAAAAUGAUAAGUUAGCUCGUCCAAAUCUUGGUAAAUGGAUUGGAACUGUUACAGUUAACGAAGAUUGGUUGGUUUGUGGUGGUGGACCACGACUUUCCUUAUGGCAUUUAAGAUCAUUGGAUGUGGCAACGAUUUUCCCAUUAUCUGAUAAUGGUAUUCAUGUCACAAAUAUCUAUGAAGAUCGUAUUAUGGCUGGAGGUACUGCACCGUAUUUUUAUCAAUUUAGUUAUAGUGGUGAUGUGUACGCUGAAAUACCAUCUUCAUCGAGUACAAUUUAUUCAGCAAUUGUUCAAGAAACACCAAAAGUAUUAUGUACGGCAGGUUCUAGUUUUAAAAUUGAUAUUUGUACAAAUUUUAAUUAUCGUGACCAAAUUCUAACUUUAUAUUAA